AUGAACCUCCACAGCCACUUGCCCACUAAUGCCUGGUUAAAUGUCGGGGAGUGUGUGACGGUUAGGGGAGGGCAUAGCACAAUUCUUCUUGGAGGAGAGCACCCAUUCACUUCAAGCGUGGGAAGGCAACAAAAGACUGGUGAAUCUGUGCUCGUAAUUAAAGGCCCACAGGGAAGAAUUAAUAGAGCUGUUUGGGGACCUCUUAACACCACAAUCGUAAGUGCUGGAGAGGAUGCUGUAAUUCGUAUCUGGGAUUCCGAAACAGGGAAAUUGCUUAAAGAGUCUGACAAGGAAACUGGCCAUAAAAAGACUGUCACUUCACUUUCAAAAUCCAUUGAUGGUUCACAUUUUAUCACUGGUUCCCUGGAUAAAUCUGCUAAGCUUUGGGACAUAAGAUCAUUGACACUUAUCAAGACCUAUGUGACCGAACGUCCAGUCAAUGCAGUUGCAAUGUCGCCACUUCUUGAUCACGUAUGUAACGACUGA